AUGUCAUUCGGUGGGGCUGACGCUGAAGGUCUUGAUCCUGAAAUUCGUAGGGCUUUAGAAGUAGAGCAAGCCAAAGCGCGAUUUCAAAGUCAAAUACAUAGUUUUACCGAUCUUUGCUGGGAUGCCUGCAUAGACAAACCCUCUGCCAAACUCGAUUCUAAAACUGAAAAUUGCCUAAUGAAUUGCGUUGAACGUUACAUAGAUUCCAAUUUGAUGCUAGCUAAUAGGUUCGCCGAUAAAAUGAAAAGGAUGUCGAGCAAUUAA